UUCUCAGCUUCCGCUGCAGUCUUAAAGACGCUUCUCUCGACCCCGCUCCGCGGGUACGGUCGGCCACGGUGCCCCGCUUACAUCUGGGACGAGCUGGAGCUUGAGUCUGACGCGGCCGGGACACGCCACCCGCGGCCGUCGUCAUGACUUGCAGUUUUCAGAAGCUGUUUGCCGUAGAAGAAGAGUUUGAAGAUGAGGAUUUCUUAUCUGCUUUGGAGAAUGCAGAGAACCACGUUGCUAGUGUAUUGCCUGGGAAUGCUGGGUGCCCCAGACUCGUCUCUUCCAGGCCACAGGAGACUAUGCAGGCACAGUCCUCGGGACCAUUGCCAUCAUACCCUGCUUUUUCGAGCAGGUCAGUCCCAGGACUGUGUCUCCCACCUCCCAGCAUGCCCCAGACCGUCAGGGAUCCACCUUGUGUGCAACCAGUGUCCCUAAGACCUGUCUCAGUUUCUGCCAGCAGUGAGGGCGGUUGGCAGAGAGCGACACUGACUGAAAAAGUACCACAGGGGUCAUCCGGACUCCAAGCCUCAUCAGCACACUCUGGAUUUAUCUUUGAGAGCCCUGAGCAGGGCAUUGGUGGCUUUGAAGCACCUGAUCAAGAUGAGUUUGACAAGGCCCUGGCAAGCAUGGAGCUGGAGGGAGCCGGCCUGGAGCUAGAACCCCGAGUCCGUACCGGAGCCACCCAAAUCCUGCCUGCUCGGUACCGUGAGGAUCCAGUGUUGGCGAAAAAGGCCCGAAUAGCUGAUCUGAGCGGAUCUUUUCAGAAGGAGUCCAUUGUCCACUGCAGGAAUCCAUGGCCUUCCUUGAGACCUAGAGCCGCAGGCAGCCUUCCUGUCCCGGCUGCCUCAGCAGUUUCCACUUCCCAUCAAAGAGACUCCCCUGUCACUGCACCUCAGCCUCCCCGAGCAGCUGGAAGGACCGUUCAGAACAGCCCGCAGAACCAUUUGUCUGCUCAGCCAUUUCGGUCUCCCAAAGCUUGGUCAAGUGGCAAACCCCGUUUUCCUGGACCUCAACGUCCCCACUGCAGCUCCACAGCAUUCCGUCAGGGGCCCUUGCCAUCCCGAGCCCCAGUCUCUCCCAUAGAAUCUCCUGUCAGCACCCCCAGAAGGACUUCAGCCCCAUUUCCUCAGCCAGCUCUUCAGACACCUAUAGUCACCAACCACCUGGUCCAGCUAGUCACUGCUACCAGCCGGACACCACAGCGGCCCCCUCGCCCCCACAGUCGAGCUAAAACCCGCCGCUUCCCUGGCCCAGCAGGACUCCUCCCUCACCAGCACAGCGGGGAGAAUCUGGAGGAGAUCAUGGUUUCCGCACCCCAGACUCCGACUCACGGUGCUCUGGCUAAACUCCAGACUGAGAUUGUUACUAGUUCCCAGGGAUCAGUGGAAGAAGACUUUGGGCGAGGACCCUGGCUCACCAUGAAAUCUGCUCUAGGCCUGGACGAGCGAGACCCCACCUGCUUUCUCCAUACCUACAGUAUUGUCAUGGUGCUGCGCAAGGCAGCCCUCAAGCAGCUCCCCAGGAACAAGGUCCCCAACAUGGCGGUGAUGAUCAAGUCACUGACUCGGAGCACGAUGGACGCCAGUGUGGUUUUUAAGGACCCCACAGGAGAGAUGCUUGGAACGGUACACAGGGUGCUUCUGGAGACACACCAGAGUGAGCUGAAGCCUGGCUCGGUGCUGCUGCUGAAGCAGAUUGGAGUGUUUUCUCCUUCACUCAGAAACCACUACCUCAACGUGACACCCAACAACCUGGUCCAAAUUUACAGUCUCGAUUCUGGGGAUGAGGACUUCCUCAAGCCACCUCAGCCCUUGCCCAAGGAUCUAGAAAGCUCCUGUGGAAACCUCCAGCCUGAGGUGGCUGCAGAGCCCACGCAGGGCCUCGGAACAUCACAGAACCCAGAAGCAUCUCCUGAGGAGGAGCCCCCUGAGGCAGAUGACCUGGAUGGACUCCUGAGUGAGCUCCCCGAGGACUUCUUCUGCGAGCCCAGCGAUUGGGGCUGUCCCAAGACAGGGCACCCACCAUGAACUGACAGCCCCUCUGCCCCCCAGACAAUCUCUAGGUGCAUCUGGUCACGUCUGAGGGAGAGGAAGCCAGUGCAACGGGGACUACUCAAGCCCAUGGUCGGAUGCCCUCAUGGUCACCUUAGAAAGCCCCAUGUGAUGGACUCUCGCGUGCUGGCUGCUGUGGCUUGACAACUUCCUUUGGCCUGGGCAUCCCAGAAAUCUGAGCAAGGCUCACCCCCUAGCCUCCAUGUCCUCCAUGUCCUGGCGCAUAGUCCGCCAGCCAACAGGACAAGUGUGAUCCUCGCACCUCAUCUUAACUUUAGAGAGAUGUCAGGUCUGGCUUCCUUGUCCCUUUAUUCCUCGGUCCCCUGAGAGCUGAGGAACCCAGAGGAGCCACAACCACAGCAAAGAUGACCCAAGGCCCGUAGCUAACAUGCCCACAAGGGUCAUGGUGGAGCACAGGCUAUUGUAUCCGGUUCUGAAAUAAAAUGUCUCUUCUUA